UGUUGUAUCAUGGUGUGAUGAAUCGUGUUGUGGUGUGUUGUAUCAUGGUGUUUUGUAUCGUGUUGUGUGGUGUUGUAACAUGUGUUGUAUCGUGUUGUGUUGUAUCUUGUUGUGUGUUGUAUCUUGUUGUGUUGUAUCUUAUUGAGUGUUGUAUCAAGUUGUGUGUUGUAUCGUGUUGCGGUGAGACAUCGUAUUGUGGUUUGAGCCAGUUAACGCAACCUGGCAACCGCUGUCUCAGUGGGCGUGGCCGCAUUGAAGCGGAUCAUUUCCGGCUUUUGAGCUCAGUUCCUGUAGCGGAGGCAGAGUAUCGCGGAGUGGAGCGGAGGGAGAAAGAGAGAGAAGCGGAGGUGGCAUGGCGGAGAAGAGCCCUGACCCGAGCGGCUCUGUGGCCCGGAGGUGUCCCGCCCUGUCUGCAGCUGACCGAAUACAUUCAACCAUAAGUGCUUCGUUGUCCAAGUGGGUUCGCCUUAACGUCGGCGGCACGUAUUUCCUCACCACCAGGCAGACCCUGUGCCGAGACCCCAAAUCGUUCCUGUACCGGCUGUGCCAGGCCGACCCCGACCUCGACUCCGACAAGGAUGAGACAGGCGCGUACCUGAUCGACCGAGACCCCACGUACUUCGGCCCAGUCCUCAAUUAUCUGAGACACGGAAAGCUGGUGCUCAACCGAGGCCUCGCAGAGGAAGGUGUUCUGGAAGAGGCAGAGUUUUAUAACAUCACCUCGUUGAUAAAACUAGUGAAAGACAAAAUCAGGGAACGGGACUGCAAAACGUCUCAGCUUCCUGUAAAGCACGUCUACCGAGUCCUCCAGUGCCAAGAGGAGGAACUCACUCAGAUGGUCUCCACCAUGUCGGACGGCUGGAAGUUUGAACAGCUGGUCAGUAUCGGCUCCUCGUACAACUACGGAAACGAAGACCAGGCGGAGUUCCUCUGCGUCGUGUCCAAGGAGCUGCACAAUCAGUCGUACGGCACAAACAGUGAGCAGAGCGACAAGGCUAAGAUUCUUCAAGAACAAGGCUCUCGAAUGUGACUGUGAAGCGAGCCGGGUCCUACACAGCAUGACGCACGGGAUCAGGAGAAGAAAAACCGGCGAGACGGAAGAGAGGCUGUUCAUAUCGGAGGGGUUUUACUUUUAAAAAAUAUUAUAUAAUUGCUUUAUGUUCAUAGAAGAAACAAAUCAGGAAUAUGCAUGUCAGUUUCAAGCAUAAAAACAAAGGGCAGCAUUUAUAUCAUGGUCCAGUUUCCUCAGGGUCUCAGCUCGACAUUCUGAACACCAGUCAUUACGUCAUCCGCUCCAGUGAGCAGUUUCUUAUUCCGAGACGAAAUAAUAAGUGUAUGAUUUAAAAUUUUGUCACGGUGAUAAAUUCGCUGGUCAAAAAGCGUACAGUUACCGUGUUGUGCAUUGGAGGUGUUACCAUGGAGACCGACGCGUCGGUGUUCACCAGUGGUGUUUUCUAUAUAAAUGCUUACAAAAAAGACAUUUUUUCUCUUUCAUUAUGAUUUACUUCAAGGUUACAGUAACAACCAACUGAUCUUUUUUGUUUUGUUUUUUUUUUUUCUGAAAGAAAUACAAUAGACGUAAAUGUCGAAAGGCGGUGCUGAACUUCGUCUUCCAAUGUUGGAUUCGUUCCAAACGUUUUGCUAUAUAUAUAUAUAUAAUUUUAACUUUUUUCAUUUUGAGGAGAGCUUCUCUUUUUUUCCAGUUUACUUGCAUAACUGCAAACUUACAUUUAUUGUGACCUUUUUUUAUUAUUAUUAUUAUUAAGUUAUUUACCUUUUUUUUUUGUUGCUGUUUUAAAAAAAAAACUGCUUUAUUAUUAUUGACGGUGACUGUUAUUAGGUAGUAUUUUUUAUUUGAAUAUUUUUUAAAUGUUUACUGACAGAUGACACUUUGUAUAAUUGUGUCUAAAGUAUGAUCACACUAGGGGUGUAUACAGUAGAUGCGAAAGAUGAAAAGGAUUCUGUCGGCGCUAUAUAAAGAUGCUUACAUGCUGUUUUGGUAAAAAAAAAAAAAAGUUUUUAUUGAAGUGCAUUAUAUUUGGUGUUGGAUUUUUUUUUUUUUUUUUUUUUUUUUUUUUUUUUUUUUUUUUAAACGGUAUCCAUAUACCCCUAACCGGCGCCACGGCGUAGUUUAUCAUCGUAACGAAUCGUAACCUGAAACCUGUAGCAGUAUGCAAUCGAGGUUUUUUUUUUACAUUUUUUUUUUACAUUCAUCUUAAGAUUCGCAGUUGUUCGAGUCAGUCCUGUUUUUUUAAGUUUUAAUAUCAGUAUGAUGUUUUCUGAUGCCGUUGCCUUUACGUAAUACACAACCAACAAAAUGUCUGAAUUCCGUUGCGGUCUGGGACACGCGAGCGAACCGCUUUGCUGGGCUGCAAGUGUAUCUGUAUAUAAAUAAAUAAGUAAAUAGACAGUCGUCACUAGUGCACGCUAACUUUCCCUACGUCUGUCUGUCUUUCACACGCAAAGGGCUUUUAAAAUCAAGGAAUAAAUAUGAGGUAUAACGCUCGCAUGAGGUCCAGGCGACCUUGAUCUCGAUCUCUCUCUCUGUACAGCCUGAUCAAGGCUAUGUUUACAUGCCUAGUGUUUUUCUAAAUUAAAAAAAAAACAAAAAAAAAACUUGUUUUUGUCCUUUCACGUUUACAUACACGGACACCGUGGCACCAUAGCGUAGUUUGUCGGAUUUUAAUACUUCUGUUUACGUAACGUCCCGUUCUCGCACUAGUUACUGUCCUGCCUGUGUCUUGGCAAUCAGAGAACCUUUUGGUCCUCACCAGUGGAGCGAUGAUUACAGCUCACUGUACCAGUGUCUUGUGAUGCCUUCGUUCGCCGAGGCUGGAAAGUGGCGCUGUACUUUUCUCCCGAAUUUGCAGGGAGGUGUAGCCUUCCUCACACGUGCACUCCGGCGCCUUGCUCCCUCUGCACGUCCACCCAUGUCAGUUCCCCAGGAGUCUCCUCCUCCUCCUCCUUUUUUUGCGUGCAAUCUGUAUUUUUUUUUAAAACGAGCAGAAACAGGCCCAAAAUGGCGUCUGCUCCACUUUGUCACUGCUGUUCCUAUAUUACUCUUAAAAUGGUUUUUUUUUUUUUUUUGUAUUCAUAUUUUUAUGCUUAAAAUUGUACUUCUUGUUGUUAUUAUUAUUAUUAUUAUUAUUAUUAUUAUUAUUAUUAUUAUUAUAUGUACUUGCAAGUUAACAACUUGGGGAAAUCCAUAUGACGGUAAUGCUAGAUCCAGGACUAUCUUAAUAAAAACCUUGUUGAAUUGCAAACCUUUUGUGGCGCGUUUUAACACAAAGCUGUUACGUGUGACGAGAUCAAGUCGUUCUCUGAGGAAUAAUAAGAAUGAUUAGAAUAGGGUUUAGGAAAUGGGCUGAGAUGGUCAUGUGGUGAAUUAAACUCGCGUCUUUUUGUCAAUACAGCUGAAAUAUUAACCAGCGUCCACACCUCUUCCCUCCUUAGAGCAGAGAUCUGUGUAGGACAGCAGAGGGCAUGCUUAGACUGCUUUUAGACUCUAGGCACUAUGGGUUAUUAUUAUUAUCAUUACAGCUCUGAGAGCUCAUACUGCUAUCAACUGUUUAAUGAGCAACUCUUGCAUUUGUUUCUAAAGCAGAUUUUAAAAGUAAAGAAAAACUUGUGAAAAACAGUGCUAGUCAGUUUUGGUGGAUAUCCUACAGGCUUUAUGAUCGUGUUCCAGGUCGAUAGUCUACGAGACAACACAAUGUUUAUAUCUUUAUUUAUUUCAAAAACAAAGUGCUAAUUUAAGUACUCAAUGAAAAGGUAGGUCUAGGGGAAGUUCAUUCCAACACCUGAGCGCCCAAAAGAGAGAAACCUUGAUGCACGGUAUUCUUUAUACUGUGUGAGAUGAUUGUACCGGUCGAGCGGUGCUGGAGGUUCUGAGGGAGUGGGGUGUGAUAAGUGCUUUUAAGGUAAGGUCCAUUUCUGGCUUUGUAGGCAAUCGGGAAGCCACUGGAGGGAGUGUAGCUGUGCUCUGUUAGUGUGGGUCAAACCACAAAACAAGCCAUUGGUUAAACGAAAUGGUCCAUAGACCUCUGAGACAGUGUAUAAACUGUGUAUUUGAGUGGACAACAUUUGUCUCGUACCUCCAGGCCCACACCCACUGCGUGGUCGGAGUUUGCAUGUUCUCCCUGUUUUGGGGGUUUCCUCAAGGUAUUCUGCUUUACUCGAACAGUCCAAAGACCUGUUGUAGGCUGAUUGACAUUUCCAAAUUGUCCGUAGUGCGUGAUUGGUUGGCAGACCGUCCAGGGUGUCCCCUGCCUUGUGCCCAGAGUUCCCCAGGAUAGGCUCCAGGCUCCCCUGCGUCCCAGUGCAGGAUCAGCAGUACGGAAAACAGAUAGCCAGACAUGGUACCAAUGACACCCCUUGUGCAGUAUUGAAGCCAGAGGGAGUUUUUCCUUGCCAGCCUUACCUCUGGCUUGCUCAUUAGGGAUAUAUAAAUUAAAAAUUUGUAUCCGGAAUUGAAGUAUUUCUGUAACGCUGCUUUGUGGCCAUGUCCAUUGUCGCUAUACAACUAGAAUUGAAGCCUAAAAAAAUCUAAGUUAGUAGAAUUGAUUGAGUUUGCGCAAUAGGUCAAAACUUGUGCCAGACCAUGAGCAGUAGAUACAGUGGGUCCGCGCCUCGUCCACCCGUACCACUCGCGCUUCAUGCUGGGAGCACGGAUGCCGAGGUGUGUUCCCUGAACUUAAUCUGGCUCGAACUACUGCGUUAUUUAUUAAUAUGUAAAACGAUCAAUUGCAGACAUUACUGUACGUUCUGUGCAAAUAUAUUGUUUUCCUGUUGAGGCUCUUGACGUGUUCUGUAGCAAAUCCACGUCUUAUUCUGCGAGCAAACCAACAUUAGUGAAUGCGGUGAUGGCACAGACCGAGGCGUCGAACACUAGCUGGAUUU